AUGGGAAAAUCCCAAAUUUUCCCCUCCAACCACUGCCUGCUGCUGCUGCUGCUGCUGGCCGAGCUGAGCUGUGCCCAGUACGAGCACUGGCCGUACCUGCCCGGCUACCCCGAGCCAGCCCCACAGGUGUUCCAGCCACCCCAGAGAGCCCCAAACGUCCCCAAAAUCCAGCUGAGGCUGGCGGGGCAGAAGAGGAAACACAACGAGGGCAGGGUGGAGGUGUUCUACGGCGGGGAGUGGGGCACCGUGUGCGACGACGACUUCUCCAUCCACGCUGCCCACGUGGUGUGCAGGGAGCUGGGCUACGUGGAGGCCGUGUCCUGGCUGCCCAGCUCCAAGUAUGGAAAAGGAGAAGGGAAGAUCUGGCUGGACAACGUGCACUGCUCGGGCAAGGAGAGCAGCCUGGCCGCCUGCAGCUCCAACGGCUGGGGCGCGAGCGACUGCAAGCACACCGAGGAUGUGGGAGUGGUGUGCAGCGAGAAGAGGAUCCCUGGCUUCAAGUUUGACAACUCCCUGAUUAAUCAAAUCGAGAACAUGAACAUCCAGGUGGAGGACAUCCGUAUCCGCGCCAUCCUGGCCACCUACCGCAAGCGGGUCCCGGUCACCGAGGGCUACGUGGAGGUGAAGGACGAGGGCACCUGGAAGCAGAUCUGUGACAGGCACUGGACCAUGAAGAAUUCCCGCGUGGUGUGCGGGAUGUUCGGCUUCCCCAGCGAGAGGAAAUACAACACCAACGUCUACAAGAUGUUUGCCAGCAGAAGGAAGCAGCACUACUGGGCUUACUCCAUGGACUGCAGCGGGAACGAGGCUCACAUUUCCAGUUGCAAACUGGGGAACCACCUGACGGGCACUGGGCAGAACAGCAGCUGUGACAACGGGAUGCCAGCUGUGGUCAGCUGUGUCCCCGGCCGUGCCUUCGCCCCCAGCAGCCACAGCGGAUUCCGAAAAGCCUUCAGGCAGGAGGUGAGCAGGGAGAAAUCCCCAGCCCAGCCUGGAGCCCCAAAAACGGGUUGGAAAAAAAACCUUAAAAGAAAAAAAAAAAAAAAAAAAAAUGGUCUGAUCCCACCCCAGCUAUGGGCAGGGACACCUCGCGCUGUCCCAGGCUUUGGACACUUCCAGGGAUGCAGGGACAGCCACAGCAACUCUGGGAAUUCCAGCCCAGGGUUGUCCCAGGGAAGAAUUCCUUCCCAAUAUCCCAUCCCUCCCUGGCCUUUGUUCCCCCCCCCGAGUUUUAAAUGCUGGAGGUCACUGUGGUGUUCAAAACCUUCUGGGCUAUUCCCUCACCACCCGGAUUAUUUACUUCCAUUUCGAACUUGGUUUUUCCCCCAAGGAAUGGGUCCCAUCCACCUGAACGAGAUCGACUGCACGGGCUUUGAGAAAUCGUUGACGGACUGCAAGUUCAACACCGAGUCCCAGGGCUGCAACCACGAGGAAGAUGCUGCUGUGAGGUGCAACGUGCCAGCCAUGGGCUUCCAAAACCAGCUCCGCCUGAGCGGGGGCCGUAACCCCUACGAGGGUCGUGUGGAGGUGCUGGCCGAGCACAACGGGACCCUGAGGUGGGGCACGGUCUGCAGCCACAACUGGGGCACCGUGGAGGCCAUGGUGGUGUGCCGGCAACUGGGGUUGGGAUUUGCUAGCCACGCCUUCCAGGAAACGUGGUACUGGCACGGGGACGUGGGCGCCAACGACGUGGUGAUGAGUGGGGUCAAGUGCUCGGGGACAGAGAUGUCCCUGUCCCACUGCCGGCACGACGGGGCCCACGUGUCCUGCCCCAGGGGAGGGGGACGCUUCGGGGCCGGCGUGUCCUGCUCGGAGACCGCCCCCGACCUGGUGCUGAACGCGGAGCUGGUGGAGCAGACAGCUUACCUGGAGGACAGGCCCAUGUUCCUGCUGCAGUGUGCCCUGGAGGAGAACUGCCUGGCCAGCUCAGCCCACAACACCUCGCUCACCUCGGGCUACCGGCGCCUGCUGCGCUUCUCCUCCCAAAUCCACAACAACGGCCAGUCGGAUUUCCGGCCCAAGAACGGGCGCCACGCCUGGGUGUGGCACGACUGUCACCGGCACUACCACAGCAUGGAGGUGUUCACCCACUACGACCUCCUGAACCUCAACGGCACCAAGGUGGCCGAGGGACACAAGGCCAGCUUCUGCCUGGAGGACACGGAAUGCGAAGCAGAUGUGCAGAAGCAGUACGAGUGUGCCAAUUUUGGGGAGCAGGGGAUCACAGUUGGCUGCUGGGACGUUUAUCGGCACGACAUCGACUGCCAGUGGAUCGACAUCACCGACGUUCCUCCCGGGGAUUACCUUUUCCAGGUCGUGAUCAACCCCAACUACGAGGUGGCAGAGUCGGAUUAUUCCAACAACGUCAUGAAAUGCCGGAGCCGCUACGACGGGCAGCGCAUCUGGAUGUACAACUGCCACAUAGGUGAUUCCUUCAGCGAGGAGACGGAGCAGAAGUUCGAGCACCUCAGGGGACUCUCAAAUAACAACGUGUCCGCCCGGUAGAAUUCCCACUAAUUUAAGGAAGCCAGGACUCCUGCUCCGGCCCUUCCCGAACCACUGCACCCCCAGGACAUCGAGCCUCAUCCAAAAAUCUGAAUUUCAGGUGGAUCAUUCCUGAAAAGAUUCCUCUCCCUUUUCCCGGUUUAGCUGCUCAGGCCACCCCUCGGUGCCUCCUGCAAAUUCCAGCUUUCCUCAGCUCCGG